AUGAUUAUGUCUGUUAUUGCGAAGUCGACACUUCGGAGUUUCAUAACUCUCAGGAGCACCUCCAGCCGUGUGAUAUUAAACGCGCGCGCGCUAACUUCAUCAUUUUUCCUGGCCGAAGCACCACGAAACCGCAGUUUAAAUGCGUACCACAGCUUCUACCAGCCAUCCUUUCUUACCCGGCGCUUUAUCGCGGACUCUUCGUCAGAAGGAAAACCAGCUGCUCCACAAGAGCAAAAAAACGAAGAAACCCCAUCAACUGAGAAGCCAACACUAAUGCAGCGGUUUAAGCAGGCCUACAAGGUUUAUGGCAAAGUUCUGAUAGUAGUUCAUGGCAUCACUUCCGCUGCUUGGCUGGGAGCCUUCUACUGCGUAGCCCUUACGUAA